GUGCGUACGGUUUACUAAACUGAGGGUACGGAUUUUGUCUUCAUAUAUAUUUUUUUCCUUAGUGACCCCUAAGGGGCUCCGUACAGGCUGUGUUAAAAAGUUCAGAAAAAAAUCAAAACAAAGCAAAAUACAGUCUCCGUGCUUUAAGGAACUGUGCUUGGAACUACGUUUCCCAUAAGUCUGUUCGGGAAACCGUGUGAGGGAGAGGAAGCCAGGUUGUUUGUAGCAACAGUCGCUGUGGAUGGAUUAAUAUGGCUGUGAUUUCUUAAAAUAAUUAUACAGAUGUAAGGAUGUCUGUGAUGAUGUUGGCUGAUGAAACUGCUGCAGAUAUUCCUGUGAGAGACAUCACCUUAACCCUCAACACAGCGGGCACUUCAGGUUUCGAGAAAGAAUCAUUGCUCUCCCAAAAUGUUCGAGCCAGACAAGCUGUGGUCAAGAUCAGCCGAGAUGAGCUGGAGGACCGAUACCUACGAUUACAGGAGGAAAUCCUCUUACUUAAACAGCACACUCACAAACAAGAGGACAAGAUUAAAAGGAUGGCCACCAAGCUGAUCCGCUUGGUAAAAGAACGUAAGCGUGCAGAGCAGGCACCCUCAGGCCGUGUAGUCGCAGGUCGAGAUAUUGAGAUGGAGGAGAUGAUUGAGGAACUACAGGAGAAAGUUCAGGAGCUGGAGAAACAAAACGAAAGUCUCAAACAGCGUCUUCUAACAGCAAAACAGCAGCUUCAGAUCCAGAGUCGAAGACCAACGCCCUACAACCACAUCCAGUCUCGCAUCAACUCUGGUCUGCGCAAACUUAGAGAGGAUUCACCUGUACUACGCCAGCAGCCAGUAACACCUAGAGAAGGAACCAGACAUGUGGAGGGGCAAACGAGCAGCCGGCCACCACAAGGGGUUUUACCCCGGUAUGGGCACAGUCUGCUGGAUGAGGCCCGUUCAGAGAUCCGUAAUUUGGAAAAUGUAAUAGAAAUGCAGAAGGCUCAGAUGGAGGAGAUGGAGAGAUCAGCAGAGAUAAUGAGAGAGAAUCUAAGAUGUAAGGAGAGAGAGUAUGAGGAGUCUCUCCUUCAGUUAAGAGAGCAGCAGACCACUGGCCAGAGGUCGACUAUCAAGGACAAUGUGGAAAUAAUAAAGCUGCAGAAGCAACUGUCUGAGAAACGAAAUUCAUUCACCGUGCUGGAGGGAAGAUUUCUUCAAAUACAAGAGACCCAGAAGACCAUGAAGGCAAGUCAUGAUGCAGCAAUGGCUAAAGUGGUAGAGUUCAGUGGGCAGUUAAAAGAGGAGAGGCUGAAAAGUCUGAGUUUGGAGACACAACUGCAAGCCAAAGCACUGCAGGACAGAAGGAUUAGUGAGUUACUUGAGAGAAUACAGGAUUUGGAGAAGGAGAGGGACUUGCUCAAAGAGAACUGUGAUAAGUUAGUAAACAGUGCUUUUGAUGUUAGUCAGGAACAAAAGUGGAAGACGAGGGAGCAGCAGCUCAAACUGCAGAUUGCUCAGUUGGAAAUGACUUUGAAAUCUGACCUCACUGAUAAGAACCAAAUUUUGGAUAAAAUUAAAGCAGAAAGAGAUGUAAAUGAGAAAUUGAUGCAGGAGAAUAAAGAAUUUCAGCUGCACUUUCUGGAACAAAAACAACAAUUAGACGAAAUGAAAGAUCGCAUGUGCUUUUUUACAAAGGAAAGUGAAAUAGAUGCUGCUGAACUCAGUGAAGCGUUGAUGCUAAUAAAGGUGCGUAAAACACAGAAGAAUGGCCAGUUGGGAUUUCUGGAGAAGGUGGAGGAGGAGAUUCACAUUGACACUGAACUCUCACUAAAAGAACUCCAGGCUGCUUAUGCUGAGACUGUUCAAGAGCUGGAGAAGACCAGAAACAUGCUAAUCAUCCAGCACAAGAUCAAUAAAGACUACCAGGCAGAAGUUGAAGCUGUUACACGUAGAAUGGAUGAUUUGAAGUUGGAGAAUGAACUUAAACAGGAGAAAUUUGCUCAGCUAUUGGACGUGAGAGCUGCUAAGAUCAAGAAACUUGAAGCCCAGUUAAAAGACAUUGCCUAUGGAGUCAAGAACAGUGUCUUUCGACCAGACAUCACAGAUGAUGAUGUGGCUGAUGAGUUUGAUGAAACAGUGCACCUAGCUCGAGGAGAAAAUCUUCUUGAGAUCCACCUUGGCACUGCACACUACAGCGUGGAAGCUCUGGCCAGUCUUGAUGACAAAGACCCAUCCACUUUCUGCACUUUUGCAUUUUAUGACUAUGAGCUGCAGUCCACAGCUGUGGUGCGAGGACCUCAGCCUGCUUAUGAUUUCACCUCCCAAUACCUUGUGAAGGUGGACGACCUCUUCCUCCAUUACCUUCACAGCAGUUCUAUAACUGUGGAAGCACAGCUAGCUGAGGGCCUGGCUUUCCGUACCAUAGCUGCAGGACAGAUACGCUUGAGUCAAGUGCUGGAGAGAGAUGGGAAAGUAUUUGGCACAUUACAGCUAAUAGGAGUUAUUGGGGAGAUCCAGGUGUUUGGCACACUGGACUACUGGCUUAGGUUAAGGGUUCCUAUGGAGCAAGCCAUCCGUCUGUAUAAAGAGAGAGUCAAAGCACUGAGCUACAUCAACUCCAGCUUUAAAGACCAGGGCCAGGCUUCGACUGCAUCUCUCCACAGUUCUUCACUAAAGAAUGGAAACCUUAAUGAACUCCACAUCACAGUACACUGCUGCACUAAACUCAAAUCCAGAGGACCUCAUCCUUAUCCCAGUUCCUAUGUCAUCUACAAACUCUAUGAUUUCCCAGAUCAUGACACACCAAUCAUUCCUUCCACCAGUGAGCCACACUUUGAGGAUCACAAAACCUUUCCUAUAACUAUGAACGCUGACACUGAUUCCUAUCUGAAGGUGGAGGCUUUGACCCUAUAUGUGUUUGAUGAUCUGGAUUUUGAGAAUCAGUUGUACUUGGGCAAAGCCAGAGUGCCGCUCAUAUCUUUGGCCCAUGAUAAAGCUAUCACUGGUACGUUUGAGCUGUCGGAUGCAGCUGGUCAGCAAAGUGGCUACAUGGAUGUGACUCUUAAAUGGAAGUUUACAUACCUGCCUCCUUCUGGCUUAGUCAUGACGGCAGAGGAGGCCAAGUUCAUUGCUAAAGAUACUCCUAUCAGCCUAGCAGAUGAAAAGAAUAGAAGUGAGAAAGAGAGGGAAAUUCUUUCAUCAUGUUCCACUGCUACUGAGCCUCCAUUGCCAAAACCCAGACUGCGCAACCUUACAAAACCAUCUACUAAAAAAGUUUCAUUUCUGGAUGUGACAGAGCUUGAAGACCAGAAGAGUAAAACUGAAACUGCUCCCCCCAGUGGUGAUCAGGAAGCUAAGCCUUCAACAAGCUCUUCAGCAAAGUGUCAGCAAGCUGUCAGAGUUGUUGAGGUGGUUCAGGCCUCUGCAGUUACAGACGAGGAGGAUUUCUCAGAGGGACAGGUGAUUCCGGUCAACUCCGAGUCUGUAUCUGAUGAAUCCGAGAUCUCGGAGGAUUUGCCUGAGCCAGAGGAAGACACACAGCAGGUAGAGGGCUCAGAUCUGAGUGAAUCGAUCCUCUCAGACAGCGAUGAAUGUAUCGUACCUGCUCAGUCCACCCAGGCUAGGAAACAGCCAUCAGAGCGGAUUCGUGUAGAGAUUGUGUCUUUGAGUCUGAAGCCGGACUCCAGACUCUCCAUGGACUCUAGUGUGGCCAAGCUGUUUGUGGAAUAUAAAUUCUUGGACCUGCCUUCAGAGGAGACACCGCUGUCAUUGCCCAAACCUCUGUCUGGACACAGCAUCUAUUACAAUUACAGCAAUGUGAUCCAUGUGGAUGUGGAGAAUAACCAGGCCAGGCGUCACAUGCUUAGAGCAGUACUGGAAGGCAGAAACACAAAGCUAGAGAACAUCACUUUCACUGUUGUAAGUGACCCGCCUGAGGAGGAGGAACAGGAGAAGGAGUGUGAAGAUGUGGGUGUUGCAUAUCUCAGGAUCCCUGACAUUCUGAAGAAGCAGAGAGACAUGACAGACAUAAGUCUUGACAUUGUGGAUGUACAGGACAGCAGUGAAGUGGUGGGGAGUUUACGGGUGACUGUAGAAGCUCUGGAGGCACUGAGAUCUAUUAUGGAGGAUCCAGACCAUGAUCACUCUAAGCUUUAUGUGUUAAAUAGGUAACAGCAGUGGGUUUUAGUACAUUAUUGGUCAUGACAAUGACACAACUUAAAACAUAUAAAUGGUCCCUAAACA